AUGGCGCCUGAGAUUACCAGCUGGGAAGAGUUACUUUGGGUAUAUGAAGUGUUUGACGACGAAACUGAAGACUUCAAACAUACCCAAAUCGCAAAGGUGGACGAUGACAAGAUAUUCUACUGCGAGAUAAGCAAACCAAAGACAGACAUCACGUUUCAAGAAAUCACCACCUCCCUCACUCGACUUCCUGACGACGAAAUCUUCCCACCGUGGCCCCAAGCCCUCACCACAACCAAGGCUCCUCAAGAGCUCCCUCCAGCCAUUUUCAUCAAACGGCCUCAAAUAGAACUGUAUGGCUUUUUUUCAAAGCGUGAGGCUGCGCAUCUCCUCCGCGAGGGAUUGGUAGAGGAGGCAGAAGCCAUGGAAGUGCUAAGGAGCCAGCCUCACCCGAAUAUUGUUGGAUAUCAUGGUUGCCAUGUUCGGCGUGGAUACAUCACUGGGCUUGUCCUGGACCGACACCCCUACGACUUGAACGAUUUCAUAAAGAGUGGCCAAACCAUUCAAGAUGAAGAUCUCUUCAUGGAAUCACUGCACGCGGCAGUUUCUCACUUGCACGCGCUUGGCUGGGCCCAUAACGACCUGCACCCCGCAAACGUCCUUGUGGCAGAGGACGGUAGGCCCAUUCUGAUCGACUUUGGCUCGUGUCGGAGAAUCGGGGAGAAGUUGUCAACUAGCCGUGGUACGAUGGGCUGGAUUGAUUGCGAGAUGAAGGACUAUACAACGUCAGAGAUGCACCAUGAUACGUUUGCUCUCGACAAGAUCCGUACGUGGUUAAGUAACCCGACACCUAUGGAUUAA